CCUGGGGGUCACCUGUCCCUGUCUGCAGCCCGCGAGUGCCCUCCGCCGCCACCAUGCCCACCCACCGCCUCGUGAUGGUUCGGCACGGAGAGAGCACCUGGAACCAGGAGAACCGCUUCUGCGGCUGGUUCGACGCGGAGCUGAGCGAGAAGGGGGCGGAGGAGGCCAAGAGGGGGGCCCAUGCCAUCAAGGACGUGAAGAUGGAAUUUGACAUCUGCUACACAUCAGUGCUGAAGAGGGCCAUACACACCCUCUGGACCAUCCUGGACACAACGGACCAGAUGUGGCUGCCUGUGGUGCGCACCUGGCGCCUCAAUGAGCGGCACUACGGGGGUCUCACUGGCCUCAACAAGGCGGAGACAGCCGCCAAGCACGGGGAGGAGCAGGUGAAGAUCUGGAGGCGCUCCUUUGACAUCCCUCCACCCCCCAUGGAUGAGAAGCACCCCUACUACAACUCCAUCAGCAAGGCACGUCGCUAUGCAGGCCUGAAGCCGGGGGAGCUGCCCACGCAUGAGAGCCUCAAGGACACCAUCGCCCGGGCCCUGCCCUUCUGGAACGAUGAGAUCGUCCCCCAGAUCAAGGCUGGCAAGAGAGUGCUGAUUGCAGCCCACGGGAACAGUCUGCGGGGCAUCGUCAAGCACCUGGAAGGGAUGUCAGACCAGGCCAUCAUGGAGCUGAACCUGCCCACGGGGAUCCCCAUCGUGUACGAGCUGGACCAGGCGCUGAAGCCCACCAAGCCCAUGCGGUUCCUGGGUGACGAGGAGACCGUGCGCAAAGCCAUGGAAGCUGUGGCUGCCCAGGGCAAGGCCAAGUGAAGGGUGGGCUCUGGCAAUAAAGGCACAUCCU